UUUGUAACAAGGUGGUCCUUUAAGUUUAUUUCGCUACAAAGUGGUCCUUUAUCUUAACUAACGUUUGCACCGUUUACCUUUUCCACAACCUCCGUUCCAAAAACGCUUAGGUGGCAGUAACCAUUGCUGAUGUGUCAUUUAACUCUGGUGAACUAGUUAUUUGUCACAUGCCAAAAUAGGAUUAUCCCUAAUUUUCAGAUUAAACCUAAUUUCAAGUCGUGUGACUGAACCCAAAGCUUGAAGACGAAGACGACAAGCCACUGGAGACGAACACGAAGCGGCUUGGAGACGAACACGAAGCGGCUUGGAGACGAACACGAAGCGACUGGAGAAUCAUAACUCGUGUGAGCAAACGAAGCUGACCUAGGUAAUGGAUGGGUUUAAUGUUGAUUUUCACCAUGGGGGGUAUUUUGAUGGUGACAAAUAUGAAGGAGGGGAACUGACUAACUGGACGUGUGAUGGUGAUAGAUGGAGUUACUUUGAGAUCUUAGGGGUUGUGAAAGAGAUGAAGUACGAAGGGGUCUUGGAGAUGUGGUAUGACUUUGCUGGAACAUUGAAGCCGUUAGAAGAUGACUUUGGUGCAAUAGAAGCACUUAAUUGGUCCAAGACUAAUGGGAAGGUAAAAAUAUACAUUGUCCACCCUAUAUCUCAACCUGAAAUAAUAGUGACCCCUGAGGAAGACCAAACUGAGGCCCAAUUUGAGGCCCAAACUGAAACCCAACCUGAGGCCCAAAAUGACAACCAAACUGAAACCCAACCUGAGGCUCAAAAUGACAACCAAACUGAAACCCAACCUGAGGCCCAAAAUGAUGACCAACCUGAGGCCCAAAAUGAUGACCAACCUGAGGCCCAAAAUGAUGACCAACAUGAUGCCCAAGGUGAUCCACAAGUUGAUGUGCAACCUGAAAUCCAAACUGAUAACCAACCUGACAGUGAUGAUAGUGCAUUGGGGCACAGGUUUGAUGACUCAGAUGAUGAGGUCCUAAAUGAUGGAUUUGAUGAAGUAUUGGUAGAAGAAUGUGUUCAACCUGUAGAUGAAAUACUAGUAGAUGAAACACCUGUAAGUAGAAAGAGGAAGGGUGGGAGACCCAAGACCAGUAAGAGAGCAGGUAGUUCCAAGAAACAUAAGGGAAGACCAAAGAAAAAAAAAGUGUCUGAACUUGGUUCAAGGGAAGUAGAUGUUGAACCACCGAGUGAUGAGGAUGUUCUUGAAUUUGGAGUUAGGGAAAGGAGUACAGGUAAGAGGUCGUGUAAUGGUUUGUCAGAUUCUGACUAUGUAACUGAAGAGCUAGAAAGUCAAGAUGAAAUGAGUAGUGAUUAUUCAGAUGAGGGUGAGAAGGCUAAGCAUCCAUCAUUUGUUGCACCUAAGAAUUUUAAUGACUAUAAGUGGGUCUUAGGAACAUUAUUUUCAACAAAGGAGGAGUUUAAAGAAGCUGUUGCAAGUUAUGCUGUCCACAAUGGUAGGGAUUUAAGGUUUGUCAAGAAUGACAAAACAAGGGUAAGAGUGGGCUGCAAGGAAGGAUGUGGUUGGGUUGCUUUGUGUUCUAAAUUGUCUAAUGACGAUACAUGGCAAUUGAGAACAUUAAAUGACAAACACACUUGUAAUAGAGAGUUCAAUGUAAGGAUGUUUAACACCAACUGGCUUGGAAAGAAGUUAUACUCAACUGUUAGAAUUAACCCUCAUGUGAAGUUAACUGCUAUAUGUGAGAAAGUGCAUGAGAAAUGGAAUGCUGGUAUGAAUAGGAUGAAGGCUUAUAGAGCAAGGAAGGCAGCACUCAACAUUGUUGAAGGUUCAUUCAAAGAGCAAUAUAGAAGACUAUAUGACUACACACAUGAGCUGUUAAAGUCUAACCCAAACAGCACCAUCAAAUUGAAUGUACAAGCAACUGAACAUCAACCUGAAGAGCAUGUUAGCAGACCACUACUUCCAAGCUUUCAUAGGUUGUACAUGUGUCUGGAUGCUUGCAAGAAAAGUUUUCGUAUUUGUAGACCAAUAAUUGGAGUUGAUGGAUGUUUUCUAAAGGGUAAUUAUGGAGGUCAGAUACUUGCAGCAGUUGGUAGAGACCCCAAUGAUCAAAUGUUGCCCAUUGCAGUGGCUGUUGUUGAAGCCGAGACUAAAGACUCUUGGGCAUGGUUCUUUGAACUACUUGUCCAAGACUUGGGGGGUCCAGAAAUCUGCAAGAAUAUCACAUUCAUUUCAGAUCAGCAGAAGGGGCUGUUACCUGCACUAGAGGAGUUUUUACCUGGCGUUGACCAGAGAUUUUGUGUAAGACAUUUGUAUAGUAACUUUAGAAAGAAGUUUCCAGGAAAGCAAUUGAAGGAAAUCAUUUGGAGGGCAGCCAAGGCAACAUACCCCCAAGCUUGGGAAAGGGAAAUGAGGGAAAUGAGGAAGGUUAAUGAGGAGGCCUACAAACAUUUGUUGAAGGUCCCCCCAAGAUUUUGGAGUAAGUCUAUGUUUAAGUAUAGAACCAAAAGUGAUGUGUUAGUCAACAAUAUGUCUGAGACCUUUAAUAGUGUUAUAUUGGGUGCAAGACAAAAGCCUAUUGUAACAAUGUUAGAGGAAAUCAGAGGGUACCUAAUGGAUAGAUGGGCAACUAACCGGGCAAAGAUAGAGGAUUACAGUGAAUCUGUAUUACCAAGAAUUAAGAAGGGACUUGAAAGAAGACAAGAAAUAUCAAGGUUCUUUAUAGCAAGGUUGUCAGGUGACAUGAUUUAUGAAGUGAGGCAUACAAAUAUGACUGGAGAGAAAUACACAGUUGAUCUAAAGAAGUUUGAGUGCUCUUGUAGGAGUUGGAUGCUCACUAGCAUUCCUUGCUAUCAUGCAAUUAGUUGCAUCCAAAGUAGAUCCGAAAGCCCAACUGACUACAUUCCCUCUUACUAUAGGAAGGAUACUUACCAGGAUUGCUACCAACCAUUGAUUUAUCCAACAAAUGUGGAAAAAUUAUGGGAGUUGACACCAUAUCCUGAUAUACUUCCACCACCAACCAGAAGAGCACCAGGUAGGCCAAAAAGAAGGAGAAACAAGGAUGCUGAUGAAAAGAGGAAUGAUGCAACACAUGUUUCAAGAAAGGGGUUGCCAAACAAGUGCAGAGUAUGUGGUAUGUCUGGACACAACAAAGCAUCUUGUCCAGCUGCUCCAAGGCAAUCCCAAACUGUCCCGAAUGUGGAAUCCCAAACUGCCACUAAUGUUGAAUCACAAACUGCAACCAAUGUGGAAUCACAGACUGUCCAAUCUCAACCAAUAUCACAGACUGUCCAAUCUCAACCAAUCCAAAGAAUGCAAACAAGACAGUCAUCUCUAAGCCAGCCCCAAGUUGGUGAAGCCCCAACAACAAGAGUCCAGACACGACAAACCAUCACAAUUGCUCAGUUGCUUGCAAUGAGAAGGGCAAGACAAGGAUCAACUGCUGCAUUUCAGCCACCAACAAGCCAGAGACCAAAGCUGGCCAUAAAGAGAAAGGGAAAAUAG